GGAGCUCGCCCCCCCCCCCCCCAGUCUAACACGCGCAUACACGCGCGUGCCACGCGCGCCCUGCUCGCAAUUAGCUGGAAAGUAGACGUGCACGCGCCUGGGCGUUCACAGCUGUGCUUGGCGCCAAAGAGGUGACAGUGACUGAGAGUCGCCGCUUAACAACAAAAAUAAUAUAAAAAAAGACGGAAAAAAAAGAAAGAAAGAACGAGCAGCUUUUUCUCUUCAACGAGUUUCCUUUCGUGAAGCUCCACUUUCUGCUGGCGGCGCCCUUUUGCUCUUGAGGCUGUGGUAUGAGCCUAUGUGGCAGGAAGGCGCUGACGUUGCUGAGCAGCGUGUUCGCCGUUUGCGGCCUGGGCCUGUUGGGCAUCGCCGUGAGCACCGACUAUUGGCUCUACCUGGAGGAAGGUGUCAUCCUCCCACUCAACCAGAGCACCGAAAUACGCAUGUCCCUUCAUUCGGGCCUAUGGAGGGUUUGUUUCUUGGCGGGGGAAGAGAAAGGUCGGUGUUUUACCAUUGAAUAUGUGAUGCCCACUAAAGUCCAGAUGACUUCUGAGUCUACUGUUAGUGUCCUGAAGAUGAUUCGCUCAGCCACACCUUUCCCCCUGGUCAGCCUCUUCUUCAUGUUCAUUGGUUUUGUCCUCAGCAACAUCGGCCACAUUCGACCUCAUCGCACCAUCCUGGCUUUUGUUUCGGGAAUCUUCUUCAUCCUGUCAGGUCUCUCUCUGGUCGUCGGUCUCGUCUUGUACAUCUCCAACAUCAAUGAUGAAAUGUUAAACAGGACCAAAAGCAACGAGGCCUACUUCAGCUACAAGUACGGCUGGUCCUUUGCCUUCGCUGCCAUCUCCUUCCUCCUCACUGAGACGGCGGGCGUGAUGUCUGUGUACCUGUUCAUGAAGCGCUACACGGCAGCGGAAAUGUAUCGGCCCCACCAAGGCUUCUACCGCCCUCGACUCAGCAACUGCUCCGACUACUCGGGCCAGUUCCUCCACCCGGACGCCUGGGCCGGGCGUGGCCGCAGCCCGUCCUCCAUCUCCUCCGAGGCGUCCCUCCAGAUGAACUCGUCCAACUACCCCGCCCUCCUCAAGUGUCCCGAGUACGAGCAGAUGUCGUCGUCGCCGUGCUGAAACACAGGAUGGAAAGAAACUUCCACUGAUGCCAAAGGAAGACGUGGCGAAGGGGCCACCUUUAUCACGACCACCUCCCACAGCAAAUGUGGGGAGAGUGUAUUACUCACGCAGACAAAGUGUGGAGAAAAUUAAUAUAAGUGAGUCAUAAAUACAAUUAUGUCAAAAUGUACAUUUGGCCUUUAAUGGAAAGUACAUGUGAUUGUAUUGUAUAGAAGGAAAUACUGCUAGACGAGAUUGUAGUGAUUAAUUCAAAGUCUAUUUAUGGAUAGAUAUUUUUGUAAUUGAUGCCCUUAUUAUUGUUGGCCAUGUGCUACAAUAUUGAAUAUCAAUAUUUCACGCAGCAUUAAUAAGUAAACAUAUCACACAAUCAUGUUAUCUUUGUUCACUUUAAUAAUAAAUAGUGUUAAUAUUUCAUUGUAAUUUAGUCGCAUGAUGUGGACCCAUACGCUAUGAAACAUGUCAUUACUUUGUUUUUAGUUCUGUAAGCCGGUUUAUUUAGCAUUUGUCUAAAAA